AUGGCCAAAGGAUCGAAGCCAAGCCCCCGAUUGGCCGUCAGUGCUGCCAUCAACGGCGCAAGUGAAUGGCUAGCUAUGCCGACCAACGUGGCAGCUGCAUCGAUCACGGCGUACACAACGCCAAUCUUGGAGGAGAAACAGCAGGAUCUGACUCCCCGACUGGGAUUUUCGCCAGACAAUUCUGGCCCAAACUGCUUUGGUGAUGAUCAGUGCACAAGCAAGCAUCUUUCCAUCCCUAUCACUGCGAAAUCCGUCAUCGUUAGAUCAACCCAUUCGGACAUUGGUGAUAAAUCCUCGGAUGGCCAUAUACAUGAUGCGUCAAACGAAACACAAAGUUUGCAGCUCAAGCCGGAGUCCUCAACAGCCGUAUAUUCCUACAAAGAUGAUCAGACUUUGUUUGAGCAUGAAUGUCAGGGAAGUCCCGAGACAUGGUCGUUGAACAGCGACAAUAGGGACGAUGAGUGUUCUCUCAAGGCUGACGGACUUGAUUCAUGGGGCAGCAAUGAAUUGCAACCAAACUCGGCGCAUUUUGUACACGCAUGGCUCCAUGCAAUUCGCGUCUCGAAGCACCCUGAUCCCACGGUCAAAUUUAGCGAUCCAGAAACGCAGUAUCAGCCCAUUGACACAGAAUCGGGCGAACUUUUGCAGCAGUGCGAGUACCCCAGCACGGUACCUUCCCCUGACUUGGAUGGGGAUGCGGAAAUGCAGUGGAAGCGCCUAAAUAUGACAUCUGCCCUCCACAUCAGGCGAGAACUUGAAGUCAAAAGAAGAGUGGACUACCAGAAUCGCCAGAGAGAGAUUGAUGAAGAAUGGGCUCGACUUGAAGCUGAGGGCACCCCUACUCCCGAGUGGCCAGUGUCAGAUUAUCCUAUUCGACCGGCUGCAAUCGGAGACACAGCGCAGAUUGCAGAGAUCAUGACGAUGGAGAGCCAGGCUGAGAAGGCGCCCCAGAUCAUCGCAUCGGCUCCGAUCACUGCCGAAGACGUCCGCUACAUCUUCGAGGAGAGCAUCCGCAACUACCGGCCUUUUGUUGUCGCUUUCCAGGAGGAUGUCUUGCUGCAUCUCCACAACUGGCCCAAGGGCGGUGGAAAGGCCCAUGAAGAGUAUGUCAAAUUCCGAGCUGCCCAGCCAUGCGAGGCAGAAAAGGUGGUAGGAUUCGCGUUCGUGGAUGAGGCACGGGUAGGUUUUCUGAAAACACCAUGCCCUGCGUCCCGCCACUCGGGUCAGAUUCGUGUCGUGGUACACCCAGAAUAUCGCCGUCAGAAGAUUGGCCAGAGCUUGCUUGACUGUGUCUUGACGAGGGUCAUCACAGGGUAUCAGGGCCAGAUCGACUACAAGUGGCAAUGUGAAGACGAGAGAUCCAUCUAUUCGCGGAUGCGGAACUUCAACGUCCGCGACUAUGCCCAUCUGUUUGUGGAGGUACUUGUGCACCGCUGCGAGGUGGCAAACGGGGCCUGCAAGUCUGAACUGCUGGAGAGGCUCGACUUUGAAAAGGUCGCUCACCUCGACAUGGUUGUGCGCACCGAUCGUGGGAGCGACAGUGCCUGGCUCGAUCUGCAGCUGUGGCAGUUGAAGACGCGCGUAGUUGUGCGCGACAAAGCUCCUGGGACUUACUUGGAGGAUGUGUAA